AUGGGGUACCAUGCGAUACAGUCCGCGGAGCCCCACAGUGUCCGCCUAUCCAGCGCCGCCGCGGGAUCCAAACCCCACGUUUACUGCGUCCCCUCACUCCGCACCCAGAGAGGCCACCCCACAGAUGCCCUCUCCGCCCAGCCUCACCUGUGCCGGGGAAGGCGCCAAGCACCCGCCCCAGCGCGCCGCACCUGCCGCGGCCGCGUCCUCCCAGCUCAUCGAGUCCCUCGCGCCCGUGGCCCUUUGUGCCAGGCGGGCUGCGUCCCCUCGGGUCGUCUCCACCGCGGCUCCAGCUCCCGCCACUGCCCGCGCUGGAGACCUGACAACUUUUCUGAACCGCCGUCUCCAUCUCGCACCCUUCCCGGGCUCCAGGACCGUCCCCUGUGCGCCCUCAUCUGCACCGUCGCCGCCCGGAUCCGGAGCCGGAGACCGGCCUGGGCGCAGGAGGAGAGAGAGUGCGGGCGGCGGGGAGGGGAAAUCUCUCCGGGACUGCUGCUGGCGGAGCCGGGGACGGAGAGGAGACGGGGCCGCACUUACCCAGAGCUGGAACUGCCUGUCCGCGUGGACCCGCUCCUCUGGCGCGGAAACUCCGUGUCUGCAGACUCCCUCAGCCCUGGAGACUUCUGCCGGGAACCCGGGACACCGAGAGGGGCCCAGCCCUUCCCCACCUCUCUCCUGACCGUUGCUCCAGACAGAGCCGGGUCUGCACUUCUGUUUGAAGAUCCUCAACAGUGGAAGUUGGGAGGGAGGGAUUUCUAGCCAGAAGAAAUAACAUGAGCGAAGGUAUGGCUACACAGACCACCAAGAAGUAAGGAGAAAAACCAUCGUGGAAGUUACAGCCUUCAUCUCUAACAUGUUCCAAAGUUACAUCUCUUUUUCGAUAGAAAUAAAACAACAGUGACGAAAGCGUCAAAGGAAUCCUUCAAAAUGGCUUGAUGUGUUGGGAUUGAAAACAUGCCACUUGAGGUUGCAACCCAGGUGACCCUAAUUUCCUGCCAAGUUGAAUACAAGAUCUUCUUUUAGCAUUGGAAGUAUCAGUUUUUGGGACUUCCUACUACAGGAUUUAUACCAGUGGCCCAGUUCUCAGUCCGUUGGACUUAAACGGAGAGUAACACCCUGCCCUGCUUCUCAGGCCUUCAGACUCAGACUAAAUCUUACCACUGAUUUCCUGGUUUUUCAGCUUGCAGAUGACGCGUCUAGGAUUUCUCAACCUCUAU